UGCUGCUGCUAUUGUUGCCCUUGUAAGUUACCACGUUCUUACUGGACUCUGGCAUGAAAGGCAAAGUAUUGUGUACUUAAUGAGGAGUCCCUAGUGUUUUAGAAUUGUUAAAAUCUUUGUUGGGCACACCAUUGAAGAUGAGGUCUAAAGACUUGGCUUUUAUCAUCAUAUUAAUCAUCUCAGGAGAACUCUAUGCAGAAGAGAAACCCUGUGGUCUUCCUAGUGUGGAAAAUGGAAGGAUUGCCCAAUAUUACUAUUCUUUUAAAAGCUAUUACUUUCCAAUGAGAAUAAAUGAAAAACUGUUGUUUUCCUGCUUGGCUGGCUAUACAACUGAAACUGGGAAACAAGAGGAGCAAAUCACAUGUACCCGAGAGGGCUGGUCUCCAGAACCACGGUGCUUAAAAAAAUGCACUAAGCCUGAGCUGAGAAAUGGUUACAUCUCUGAUGUAAAAUUAACGUACAAAAUUCAAGAGAACAUGCGUUAUGGUUGUAAUUCAGGAUAUAAAACCACUGGAGGAAAGAAUGAAGAAGUGGUUCAAUGUCUUGCUGAUGGGUGGUCUUCUCAACCUACCUGUAGGAAGGAACGUGAAACAUGUUUGGUCCCUGAAUUACAUCAUGGAAAUUAUUCCACAAUGCAGAAGACAUUCAAAGUGAAGGACAAAGUACAAUACGAAUGUGCUACUGGCUACUAUACAGCUGGAGGAAAGAAGACCGAGGAGGUAGAAUGUCUCACAUAUGGAUGGUCUCUCACACCAAAAUGCACCAAAUUAAAGUGCUCUUCUUUAAGAUUAAUAGAAAAUGGUUAUUUUCAUCCUAUAAAGCAAACAUAUGAAGAAGGAGAUGUAGUUCAGUUUUUCUGUCAUACAAAUUAUUAUCUAAGUGGAUCUGACUUAAUUCAGUGCUAUAACUUUGGUUGGUACCCAGAAUCUCCUGUAUGUGAAGGAAGAAGAAACCGAUGUCCUCCUCCGCCUCUGCCUCUAAACUCCAAAAUUCAAACAUAUUCAACAACUUAUCGUCAUGGAGAAACAGUUCAUAUAGAAUGUGAACUUUAUUUUGAGAUACAGGGUUCAGAAGAAAUACGUUGUGAAAAUGGAAAAUGGACAGAACCUCCAAAAUGCAUUGAAGAAAAGGAGAAGACAGCCUGUGGUGACCCACCCUUCAUUGAGAAUGGUACAGCAAACCUGAACUCUACGAUUUUUCACAAUGGGAAUAAAGUGGCAUAUGAAUGCAAAAGUGGGUAUCAUCUCCGUGGAUCAAGAGAAAUAACUUGUAAACGUGGAAAGUGGACACGUCCUCCUGAGUGUGUUGAAAAUAAUGAGAAUUGUAAGCCUCCACCUGAUGUAACAAAUGGGGCUGUUGUUGAUGGAUUAUUAGCAAGCUACACAACAGGAUCCUCGGUAGAAUACAGAUGCAAUGAAUAUUACUUACUGAGUGGAGCAAAGGUAUCUCAUUGUGAACAAGGAAUAUGGUCACCCCCACCUAUUUGCUUAGAGCCGUGUACUAUUAAUGUGGAUUACAUGCACAGAAAUAACAUAGAAAUGAAGUGGAAGUAUGAAGGAAAGGUCUUACAUGGAGAUUUAAUAGAUUUUGUAUGUAAACAAGGAUAUGACUUAUCUCCAUCAACCUCAUUGUCUGAAUUAUCUGUACAAUGCAAUAGAGGAGAAGUGAGAUAUCCUUUAUGUAUUAGAAAAGAAUCUAAAGGAUUGUGUGCAUCUCCUCCACUUAUUAAAAAUGGGGUCAUAAUCAGUUCAACAUUAGACAUCUAUGAAAAUGGUUCCUCGGUAGAAUACAAAUGUUUUGAUCACCAUUUCCUUCAAGGGUCUAAGGAGUCCUAUUGCUUAGAGGGAGUGUGGACUAUGCCACCAUCAUGUCUAGAGCCUUGCACAUUAUCAUUUGUUGAAAUGGAAAAUAAUAAUUUACUCCUGAAAUGGGAUUUUGAUGAUAGACCAAAUAUUUUUCAUGGCGAGUAUAUUGAGUUUCUUUGUAAGAGAAAUACAUAUAUAACUGAGUUCUCUGUUAUUGGAUCUGAACUGAGAGUGCGAUGUGACAGAGGGCAGUUAAAAUAUCCAAGAUGCAUUCACAGAGAAAGGAUGCUGUCUUAUCAACAACCCUUCAGGACAUAAAAGUGUAUGACAGGAAGAAGAACAGUGCAUCAACACAUCAUAAAAUCCUUUAUAAAACAUAAUUUUUAGAAGAAAAAUGACAAAUCUCUAAGUUUUAUCUUGCUUAAAGAUUUGAAUCUGAAUUGUCUGUCGAACAUUUUUUAUUUAUAAAUAAGCCAGCACAUGUUGUUUCCUUUCUAAUUUGACUGAUGUGACAUGUAACCUAACCUUUAUUGCAUGCUUUCCCUCUGUUAAAAAGAUUGAUCUACAUGUCAAAAUUUUUCUGUUUCCUAAUAUCCAUUCGUUGCGCCAUAUUGUUGCCUUCAAGGUAUUUGUUUUUAUUAUAUUCAUUAAUAUUAGGGUUUCCUGGUACUUUUAAUUCAAUCUUUAUGUCAGUAUUAAAGAACCAAACAUGUUAGAGAUAAGAAGCUAUACAUCAUAUUAGAAGAUUUACUUUAUUAAAUAGAGAAAAUAUUGCCCUUUACACUUUCUAAAUGUAACAAACUUUACAAAUUACCUGUAGUAUUAGCUUCAAGGUUAAUAAUCAAAUUGUGAGGUGGUGAACUAAAAUGUUGCCCAAUGAACGUGGCUAAUAAAAAGAAUAACCCUUUCCAUUUUUAUAUUUUAUACUUUCAAGUAAUAUUUUUAAGUUAAGUAAUUAUUGGAAUGAUGCAGAUUCUAACAUCCAAAAUCAGUCCUGCAAGCAACAAAGCCUGAGAGUGUCAUUAUUACCAAGGUCUGUUGAAGACUUCAAAGAGCCACACUGUCACUUUUGAAGUAGCAGUUAUACUCCCAUUUAUUAUUAGGGUUCAUUCAUGAGCAUGUGUAAUAGCACUACUGGGGUACUAGGACCCCUAGUAGGACUGGUUGUUGUUACUAGAACAGCACAUUUUCUUAUCUGAAGCUAUUCAGUUCACCUAACUCAAGACCUUCUCAAUAUGAUGACAUUCUUUAAAUCCUCAAGUUACAAUUUUCUAAUGGACAACUGGACCUAACUCUUGGAUUAAAUAUGAAUUGUCUCUUCCUUGUAUUAAACAUGUUAAAAAUGUAUAUUUCAGUGUUAAACAUGUAUAUUUCAGAACUGUCCUUGAGUUCAUAAUCAUUCUUUCAAUAUUGUAUCGUCAUUGUCCACAGUGGAUCCCAUAAAAUUGAAAUUCAAUAGCAAUAGAAAAGUGUUAAUCAUUUUCAGUUAAUCAAUCAAUUCAGUAAUAAACAAUAUUGAGCACCUGCCAUAUCCCAGAAAACAGAAGAUUUGCUCAAGGUGGGUAACUGUCUUGGGACUAUGUAUUUAGUAUUGUCAUAUCUUCUGAUUUUUUAAUUGUGAAAUCUACUGACUUUAAUAUGUGGAAGGGGAAUCUAAAAGUAUUUUGUGAGCAAUGUGGCUCAUGAACCGUCAAUUUGUAAACUCUAAAUGCAAAAUAAACGAAGGUGUGAA